AUGGGUCGUGAGUUGGUGCAAAGGGGCUUGAGUUUUACCAAGAGGAAGAGGAGAUGGAUACUUUUCCUGGGACUGUUUGGAUUUUCCACAUACGCUGUGUACAAAGUAUAUCACAUGCCCUCUGUAGCUAGAAAGAGGAAUAGAAUGUUGAAGCUGUUCGGAUCCUUACUUUCCGUGGCUGAAAUGGUUUCUGAUUCAUCCGAGACAAUCUCGAUAGUGUCAAAGGAUCUGAAGGGUUUUCUGAAGUCGGAUUCGGACGAAAUCCCCAAUAGUUUGAGGCAACUCUCGAAAAUCUCACGGUCUGAGGAGUUUUCCGAAUCGGUGGCUCCUGUUUGUCAGUCUAUUACGGUUGGGAUUUUGAGGGGUUAUAAUAUGAAGAGUAGCAAAGCUGAGAUUCAAGAAGCCGGAGGUUCAAAUUUUGUCAAUCAGAUUAUGGAUAAACUGAUGUCUAGUGAAGGCAUGGGUUUUGUCUCGAUCAUUGUCGGUAGUUUUGCUAGGAAUUUGGUUUUGGGCUUUCAUAGUGGAGAUGGAGACUCAAGUGGGCCCCACGAGAAAAACUCGAGCUCCCCAGCAUUUAUCGGGUUAGUGAGUAGUGUGGUGUCGGAUGAUAAAUGCAGAGUCUUGAUAGCCGAUUGCUUAAAGACAUUUGCCAGCACUGCAGUUGCAAUCUAUCUCGACAAAACCAUGACUGUCAAUUUUUACGACGAGAUUUUUUCGAGUCUGACCAAUCCCAAGCAUCAGAAUAAAGUUACCGAGAUUUUGGUCUCCAUGUGUAAUGGGGCCGUCGAGACUCUCGUGAAGACCUCACACCAGGUGCUGACAUCAUCGAAAUCGAACGACGGCUACUCAAAGAUUCACGAGGGCGAGAUUUUGAAAUCGCGGAACAAUAAAACCCAUUUGACGAAAGAUAUGAACAGUGGUUGGGUCAACAGUGUCUCGUCAACAUUGGCUGUGCCGAGAAAUCGGAAGCUUGUGCUGGAUGUGACUGGGAGAGUCACUUUCGCGACAGUUAGGUCGGUUGUUGAGUUUUUCCUGUGGAAAAUGUCGGAAGGUUUGAAGAGUAGCGUGAAUGUGGUUCACGAUGAGGUUGUCGAGAGGGGAUUUGAGGUUGUCAAAUAUGUGGGGUACAAAUCGUCCGUUAUUCUUACGGUGUGCCUCGCGUUGUUUUUGCAUAUCAUAGGAAAUACUCGUGAACUGUUGGCUGCGUGA